AUGGCUGGUCUCGCCCUUCCCAGUGCAGCGGCAUCAGCAGCCAACUCGCCCGCCAAGGACAAGAAGAGGAAACGUGCAAAGCCCAAAAAGGACGACGACGACAGCGACGCCGAGCUAGAAAUCUCCGCCGAAGACUUGGUGGCCGCGGACGGCGAUGGCGAGACCCGCGCAGCCGAGGGUGGCGAGGACGACGAUGAAGAGGAAGCAGCACAGACGGGCGCAGCUGUCGCGCGACACGUCAAGCGCGAGGCACAGAGGAGACGAGAGCAGACUCUGUUGCUGCGCGGUGUCCUGGAUGAGGAACAGGGAAAACGCUUUGAUGCCUUCCGCUCCGUCGUCAUUCCCAGGCAGGUCGUGAAGAAGCUCAACAAGGACCUCUACGAUCAAAACGUUCCUAACAACCUCACCUCGGUCGUGGCCGGUAUGGUCAAGGUGUUUGUAGCGGAUGUUGUCGAGACCGCUGGCCCGUCUCAAGCUGCAGGAGCGCGGCAUGAUGGCUGCCCCGUCGGGUUCAGCUGGUGGGAGCACGAGCAGCUCGACAGGUCUGCGUCCCCGCAAGCGUCUGUUCCGCAAGUGAGGUCGCGCACGGUUGCAAGUGCAAGGUUGCGAAGGGAGGCCGAGGAAAUGGCCCAGGCUCCAAGAGUGGAAGUGUUCGACUCUUGA